AUGGAGGAGGCAGGGGUGCCGGUGAAGAGGACCAAAUCUCUGCGCCGGACUCCCUUAUCGGCGCGCACCAAAAGCACCUACGAAAGCGUAAUCAGGUGUAUGAAGGAAAACAAAAAUGACCAAAAAAAAAUACGAUACUCGCUAUUCCUAAAGGCGUAUGAAAAUGCAGAGCUGAUUCAAAUGGAAAGACAAGACGAGCAAGAAAAGUUAAAGUUAAAACUGAACGAAUGGAACAAAUGGAACACGUGCAUCGAUAUGAAGGAUGCCAAAGAGAAGCAGAGAUUGAAGCUGCUAAACAUGCUAAAAAAUUACCAAAUAAAAUACAAAGCAUACUCAAAUUUGAAGGUGUUAUGUGAUUACUCAAUAUAUUUUGAGAAACCAUCAGUUGGGGACGCCAUAAAACAGUGUCAAGCUCCUUUAGACGAUCCACACCGAGACAACUUCUUCUACCACCUUGUCAGCAUCGGGGUGUCCUACAAUGAUAUAAUACUCAUGUCAAGUAUCUUCGAAAACAUAGAACAUCUGAAGAAUUGCAAUAUCUAUAUGUUGCCAUGGAUUUAUAGGAAGCUCAAUGAAUUUCAUAACUUCGACAUGACGACUUUUCUCAUUCAUUGUGUUGCGUACUCUCUGUCUACUUUGCCCUUCUCAUUAGGUUUGUUUCUUCACUAUAGAACCAUGGCGAUUGUUUUUCCUCUCUUUUUUACGUACAUGGUUUUGUCACUUCCUUUUUUGCUACAAGAAAUAAACUGCGGUCGGUUUGUCUUGGAUGGCUCCAUGUCUUUCUUUGUCUCCUUCGAUUACUACCAUGUCCCCAUCGGAAUCAUCCUCAUCAUUUCGUACAUACUCUCCAUUAUAAACUGUGUCGAUAUUAUAUGCUUGGAAAUCAUCUAUUUUUCCUUUUUCCUCACUCCGAAUAACCCCUGGGUUUACCGGAACGUGGAUACCAAAAUAUGCUCCAAGUUCAACGGCAGCCGCAGCAUUUGUGACUUCGCCCGGAAUAUCUGCUACUACAACGAAGCCAUUUCUGUGUGUGAGCUCAACCGGAUUAAGCUGGGCACCAAAAUCUACGACACGCUUCUGAACAAAUACGCCGAACCCAAGAGCGAGAAGUUCACACCCACCACAGUGCUCCUCUCCUUCCUGCUCCUCAUUCUUUACAACGGCUUCUCCAAGUACAAGACUUCGCACAAGGUCCUGAAGAUCCACCUGUCCCUCCUCAUCCUGGUGUUCGUCGCCUUCAUAGUUACGAUGCGUGAUUUCACGCUGCUGAAGUUCUUCCUUCGCGACUUCAGCUGGGACCGAGUUAGGGGCGUUCUCCUCGACCACGAGGUCUGGAUUGCCUGCAUGAUGCACUGCACCAUCACCAUGUCGAUACACUCCGGCAUGUACUUCUACACCUCCAAGGGGCUCAGGCUCGGUAUCAACGUCAUCUCGUGCACCUACCUCAUCGUGCUGUGCUGCUUCCUCCUGGACAUGCUUCUCUUCGUAACCUUCUCCAACAUCAUCGGCAUGCACAUAAAGGACAUCGAGAAGAGUUACUCCUACUUAGUCAAUCUGGUGAAGAGAAACGUGUUCUACAUUUUAAUUCCCGUGGGGAAUAACUUUUACUCCAAGUUUUCCUUCUUCCUUGGGAUCAACAUAUCGAUAAUCUUCUUAACAUUCAUGUUGCUAGCCGCAUCGAAGAGGAUAGAGAUCCUGUUUCUCUCCUUUGACGAUAUACAUUUCUUCAAGCCAAAGAAGACAUGGUUGGACGUCAGGUGGGUGUUCCUAUUUCUACUUUACUAUCUCUACAGCUCCAUUGACAUAACUUUCCUGGAUCUCUUCUUCACAGAGAUGUCUCAAAUUAUUACCCUACUGAUUAUAUUCUACAUUAACUUUAACUUCUUCUGGGUACGUGGAUUUAAGAAGACAAUGGAGAAGUUCGGCAAGUAUCCUAUCCUAUGCCAAGUUAUUCUGACUGCAUUAAAUCAGUUUUUCUUUUUCUAUUUUGAAAUUAUUUUUCGUCUUCCCAACCGAGUCACUCUCUACUUGCUGCGACAAGUUGUUAACAUUUGUAUCAUUCCCCUCGUCUCGGUGCUGCUAUCCAGGUGCACCUGGUUCGGGAGGGCUAUGGAGCCGCGGGGAGGCGCCGUAAGGCAGAUUCUGAGGGACGCCUACGAGCUCGCCACCGAGUGCACCAACAAGUCCAAGAACAUCCAGCUCGAAUUCAGCCAGACGUCCAAGAGCGCCAAGUGGUUCAACCUCUACAUCGUCCUUUUCUGCAAAUAUCUGGGGAUCGACCUAGUGUUUAUGUGCUUUGUGCAUGUGGGAAGUAGCAUUUUUUCCAUAAAACAGAAUUUUUUUAAAAAGAAAAAUGUCCACUUGCAGACGGAUCCCUACCUACUGUUUUUUCUCCUCUUCCUCUGCUACGUUUACAUUGCCUACAUCCAUCUCCCCCUGGUGCAGAUGAUUAAGAGGCGCAAAAUUAUACGAGUUAACAACUUUAACGUCCUCGACUACUCCAUAUGCUUCGAGGAGCCCAAGCGGCCGCGGCGGGGUCUCCUCUUUGAUGAGUUUAAGCGGGAGUGA